AUGGCCGACGACAAUACCAUUGACCAUGAGUUCCCGUGCUCUUUGACCAUCGACGUCCCCUUCCCUACCCCGCGCCUCGCUUCUGUGGCGCACAAGGCCCUCGCCGUCGACCAGGAGCUGUCGCCGCUCGUCAGGCGGACCUUCUUCAUCGACGACGCCUCCUCCUCGGCCGGCGACGCUGCGUCCGUCCUCCGCGUCCGCUACAAGGCCACCACGAACCGCAUGCUCCGCGUCGCCGUCAACGGCCUCAUGGAGAGCCUCAACCUCGUCGUUGAGGUCAUGGAGGAGCUCGACGUCGACGUCUUGGAGCACAGCCGGGACGCCCAAUGA